GCAUGAGCAGGACAUCAGCGUGUUUGGACUCAUAACAGUCAGAAACAUAAGAAACACUCGAGCGAGCACAUCACGGACUGUAACGGGCAGGAGGAGGAGUCCGAGAGAGAACCGGCUCCACCGGUGCAGACUUUCACUGUAAUUUCCUUCUUUAGACUCUCAUUAACUCUCCUCAAUAUCAUUCGUACACAAACGCAAGGACAAUCGAGGAGCGACACGUUCGUCCACAGCUUCAGAUUACAGCAUGACGGAUAACGUGCGGCGCGUGGUGUCCAAAGACGGCCGCAGUAACGUGAAGAUCGAUCACGUGGAGGGGAUGGUCAAGCUCUUCCUGCACGACAUCUGGACCACGGUGGUGGACAUGAAGUGGCGUUAUAAGAUCACGCUGUUCGCCUCCACCUUCGUCACGACGUGGUUCGUGUUCGGCGUCGUCUUCUACCUCAUCGGCCUGAGGAACGGCGACUUCGACGCCGACCCGUCGUCCAAUCACACGCCGUGCGUGAUGAACGUGGACACGCUGACCGGAGCCUACCUGUUCUCUCUGGAGACCCAGACCACCAUCGGCUACGGCUUCCGGCACAUUUCGGAGGAGUGUCCUCUCGCCAUCGUUGCGCUGGUGGCGCAGCUGGUCGUCACGGGUCUGGCCGAGAUCUUCGUGACCGGCGCGUUUCUGGCCAAGCUGGCGAGACCCAAGAAGCGCGCGGGGACCAUCAAGUUCAGCCGGUCGGCGGUGGUGCGCAAGCGGGACGGGAUCUGGUGUCUGAUGGUGCGCGUGGCCAACAUGAGGAACAGCCUCCUGAUUCAGUGUCAGCUCUCGGGGAAACUGCUGUCCACCCGCGUCACGCAAGAGGGCGAGAAGACGCUCGUCCAUCAGACCGGCGUGGACUUCCAGCUGGACUCCAGCGGCGAGUGUCCCUUCCUGCUGCUGCCGCUCACCUUCUACCACGUGCUGGACGAGCGAAGCCCGCUGAGGAACCUCACGGCCGACAACCUGCCCAAACAAGACUUCGAGCUGCUGGUGACCCUCAACGGCACCGUGGAGUCCACGGCCGCCACCUGCCAGAGCCGCACGUCCUACGUGCCGCAGGAGAUCCUGUGGGGUCACGAGUUCAAACCCGUGCUGUCCGACACGUCCGGCGGGAAACUGGCCGCAGACUUCAGCUUCUUCGACAAGGUGCAGGCCUGCAGCGACCCGCCGACGAUCCACAACAACACAGAGAAGCUCCAGCUGGAGGAGGAAUACAGACGCGAAUGAAGACACCGGACGAGUGUCAAGAAUGUGCUAAAAAACAGCUUCAAAAUGAGCUGGAAAAUCACCCUAAAUCAUUCCGGAACAGCAUCCCGACCGCGAGCCAGAUCUGAUCUGGAGCUGAAACGUGGAGCGCUGGAUUCUCCUGUGGAAUACGACACAACUAAACAACCAAAACACUUCAGAUCAAGACGACAUCAUUUACUUCAUUCAUCAUCCUGGUCUUAUUGGGAAUGAUCAGUGCCGGUAUUUUGAAGUAGUUAAUUGAAUUUUCCAGUCUUCAGCGUCACGAUUCUUCAGAAAUCAUUCUAAUAUGCUGAUUUGCUGCUCAACAAACAUUUCUCUUCUGCUCACCAAGGCUGCAUUUAUUUGAUAAAAAAUACAGUAAAAAUGUGAAAUAUUUUUGUUUUAAAAUAACAGCUUUCUAUCUGAAUACAUUUUAAACUGUAAUUUAUUUC